ACAGAGGGCCAGCCGGGGCCUCGGGUCUGGACGGUCAGAGCCAGUGAUGAAGAUUCAGGUCUCAACGGCAAAGUGGAAUACAGCAUCACUGCUGGAGAUCCCCAGAAUGAGUUCAUGGUUUCCCCUGUGGAGGGUGAGCUGCGGGUGAGAAAGGACGUAGAGCUGGACAGGGAGACCACAGCUUUCUAUAACAUCACUAUCACAGCCCAGGACCUGGGAACUCCGCCUCGCAGCAGCUCGGUGGUGGUGGGGAUCCUUGUCCUAGACGUCAACGACAAUGACCCAGUCCUCUUGAAUCUGCCCCACAACACCAGCGUGAGUGAGGGUGCCUCUAUACACACCUCUGUGGCUAGAGUACGAGCACAAGACGCUGACAGCGGACGCAACGCACUGCUCACCUUUAACAUCACUGCUGGCAACCACGAUGGAGCCUUCUACAUCAAUGACACUACAGGUGUGGUGCAGGUGAACAGACCUCUGGACAGAGAGCGAGUGGCCGAAUAUAAACUCACCAUCAUGGUCAAAGACAAUCCAGAGAACCCUCGCAUUGCUCGCAGGGACUCAGACCUCUUGCUGGUCACCAUUCUGGAUGAGAAUGACAACAGGCCAAUAUUCACCAGGACCAGUUACAGGGCUGAGAUCACAGAGAACUCUGCAGCAGGCAGUACUGUAACAGUGCUGAAUGGGCCGGUCCUGGCUGUGGAUGACGACACUGGACCCAAUGCUGUAGUCAAGUAUCGCCUGCUGGGAACCAGACUGGAUCUCUUUACUGUAGACGCCACUACUGGUGUGAUACAUGUGAAACAGGGUGCGCAAUUGGACCGUGAAGCCUUUCAGGAGCCUCGGGUGGAGCUUUUUCUGGUUGGGGAGGACAUAGGAGGUUUAAACAGCAGUGUUCCCCUCACUGUCAGCAUUCUGGACCAGAACGAUAAUCCUCCUGUUUUCAGCCCAUCCAGUUUCAGCGUACGCCUCCCUGAGAACAGCCCCACUGGUGUGGUGGUGACACAGCUGUCAGCUACUGACGCUGACUCUGGCUCUAAUGGGUGGCUGGUCUAUCGACUAGAAAGCGGCGCCCAAGACCGCUUUGUGGUUGACUCCCUCUCCGGUGCUGUACUUGUGGGCAACACCACGCUUGACCGAGAAGAACGUGGGUCCUACCGCUUGGUUGUCAUGGCAACCGAUCGCGGCACCCCUCCUUUGUCCGGCACAGCCACACUGACCAUUAUACUGGAUGAUGUGAAUGACUCCCGGCCCCGGUUCAUUGAUCAAGUGACCACGAUAAACGUCAAUGAGUCCACACCGCCUGGCAUGGUGGUGGCCACGAUAACGGCUGAAGACCCCGACCUCCAUCCCAGACUGGAAUAUUAUAUCAUCUCUGUGGAAGCAAAGGAUGAUGGAAACAACCCAGUUGAUGGUCUGCAGGAGUCCUUUGGCAUUGAUUUCCACACGGGAGCAGUGUUUGUCCGCAACCCACUGAACAGGGAGCUGGUGGCAACCUUUGAGAUUAUAGUGUCUGUCCAUGACAAUGCUAGUGACGUUAUUGAUAAGUCCGUCAGUGUUCCAAAUGCAAAAUUAACUAUUAACGUGUUGGAUGUCAAUGACAACGCUCCUCGCUUCCGGCCCUUUGGCGUGACCAAUUUCACUGAGAAGAUUCUAGAGGGUGCUCAGCCGGGGACGACGUUGCUGUCAGUAUCAGCUGUUGACCCUGAUAAAGGCCCCAAUGGUCUGGUUAACUACCAGCUGCUCCACCUGCCCCGAGGAGGAUACGUCCGCCUGGACGACCCGUUCACUGGUAAGAUUAUAGCCAAUCGCACAGUGGAUUUUGAGCAAGUACAAUGGCUGAACUUCACAAUCCAGGCCCAGGACCAUGGCAGUCCUCCCAGGAUCGCAGAGCUGCCAGUUUAUCUGCAAAUUGUGGAUGUUAAUGACAACAAUCCCGUCUUUGUUCAGCCGUCGUAUCAGAAGCCGGUGUUUGAGAAUGUGGAUCUGGGCACAAACAUAGUUCGUGUCAGUGCCACAGACGCUGAUUCUGGCCUCUUUGCUGCUGUUGAGUACAGCCUGGUAGACGGGGAGGGCAAGUUUGGCAUCAGUCCAUCCACAGGAGACAUCUACAUCCUCUCUCCUCUGGACAGAGAGACAAAGGACCACUACACCCUGACCGCCGUUGCCCGUGACAACCCUGGAGGCAGCCCCAAUAACAGACGAGAGAACUCAGUCCAGGUUCUGGUAACAGUCCUUGAUGUCAACGAUUUUCGGCCACGCUUCUUGGAGCGAGUGAUCAACACCAGCGUGUUUGAGAACGAGCCCAGCGGGACGUCUGUAAUCACAGUGACAGCGACUGACCUCGAUGAAGGAGAGAACAGUCUGCUGACCUACAGCCUGCAGGGCCCCGGAGCCGAUGCCUUCUCCCUGGAUCCAGACACAGGCUUGGUGCGUUCUCGUCGUCUGCUUCAGUCUUUGGAGCGGUUCAACUUAACUGUCGUGGCGACAGAUCAUGGCCGUCCUCCUCUGUGGGGCACCGCCUCCCUGCACAUCGCAGUCAUAGACGUCAAUGACAACAGGCCCGUGUUUGUCCGGCCCACCAACGGAACCAUCAUGCACAUCUUAGAGGAGCAGCCUCCAGGCCUGUUGGUGUACGAGGUGUUUGCGACAGACAGUGAUGAGGGCGUAAACGGAAAGGUCAGAUACGGCUUCCUGCAGACAGGAGCAGGUAACAGAGACUGGGAGAACUUCCACAUCGAUGCCUUGACUGGAGUCAUCACAACCACCGUGAAGCUGGACCGAGAGAAGCAGGCCCUGCACAGCCUGAUCAUUGUGGCUCGCGACAUGGGUCAGCCGGUGCCUUACGAGACCACACAGCCUCUGCAGGUGGCGCUGUUGGACAUAGAUGACAAUGAGCCAGUCUUCCUCAAACCGCCGCGUGGCGGCCUGCUGUACCAGCGGCUGACCGUACCGGAGCACUCGCCUCCAGGCACUGUGGUGGGGAAUGUGACCGGAGCAGUGGACGCCGAUGAAGGCACCAAUGCAGUCGUCUAUUAUUUUAUUGCUGGGGGAAACACUGAUGGAAACUUUGCAAUGAUCCCAGAGGGAGAGCUGAAGGUCAACAAGGAGCUGGACCGGGAGGAGAUCCCGGUCUACUCCAUCAUCGUUAAAGCUUCCAGCAACAGGAACUGGACUCCUCCCAGGGGUCAGAGGGCAGCACGGAGCAGAGCUCUGGACCCUGCACUUGACCCCAGUCUGCAGGAGGUUCGCAUUGAGCUGGAAGACAUUAAUGAUCAGAAGCCACGUUUCACUAAAGAGGAAUACACAGCAGGGGUUGCAGCAAACGCCAAAGUGGGCUCAGACCUAAUCAAAGUGAUGGCAAUCGAUAACGACAUUGGCAAUAAUAGUGUGGUCGAAUAUCACAUCUUUUCAAUCCGCUACAUCAAGCUACAGGCCAACGACACCGAGGACGUCGGCAGCAUCUUCACUAUCGGUCAGACAGAUGGGAUCAUCCGAACCUAUGACCUCUUCACGGCCUAUGAUCCGGGCUAUUUUCAGCUAGAAAUUUUGGCAUGUGACACUGCUGGCCAGAGCGACUCUGCCAAGGUGGGCAUCUAUAUCCUCCGAGAUGACCAGAGGGUGAAGAUAGUCAUCAACGAGAUCCCUGAGAAGGUCCGGCUAUUCCAGGAGAACUUCAUUAACCUGCUGUCCAACAUCACAGGAGCUGUUGUUAACACUGAUGACUUACAGUUCCACGUGGACAAGAAGGGCCGAGUGAAUUAUGCACAGACAGACAUGUUGAUCCAUGUUGUCAACAAGCAGACCAACCGCAUCCUUGAUGUUGACAGGGUGAUCCAGAUGAUUGAUGAGAACAAGGAGCAGUUGAGGAACCUGUUCCGGGAGUAUAACAUCCUGGAUGUUCAGCCUGCUAUUGGGGACAAACUGCCUGAUGACCUCUCCACACUUCAGCUGGUCAUCAUCAUCCUGGCCGUGCUGCUGUGCCUGGCUGGUAUCUUGUUCGUCACAAUGAACUGGCAUUACCGCAGAGUACAUCAGAGGAAGCUGAAAGCCAUCGUUGCAGGUUCCACAGGGAACCAGGGUCUCAUGGACAUCCUGGACAUGCCCAACACUAACAAGUACUCAUUCGAGGGGGCUAAUCCAGUGUGGUUGGACCCAUUCUGUAGAAACCUGGAGCUGGCUGCCCAAGCGGACCAUGAAGAUGACCUGCCUGAGAACCUGAGCGAGAUCACAGACCUGUGGAACAGCCCCGCACGCACGCAUGGAACAUUUGGUCGAGAGCCUCAAGCAAAGCCUGACGAUGACCGUUACCUAAGAGCGGCCAUUCAGGAGUACGACAACAUCGCUAAGCUGGGUCACAUCAUGAGGGAAGGGCCCAUCAAGCUGAUCCAGAGCGAUCUGGAUGAAGAUGAGGACGAGCGCCUGGGCAUGGGCGGCGGUCGCGGCACUCUGCGCCUCAAACACAAGCUUCCUGUGGAGCUGGAGGGUCCCGAGGGCGUGCACGUGGUCCACGGCAGCACGGGUACCCUUCUGACCUCUGACCUCAACAGCCUGCCAGAAGAUGACCAGCGCGCUCUGGCACGCUCUCUGAACGCCGACGGCGGGCUUUAUUCCGAGCGAAACGCCUGCACGGAGUCAGCUAAGUCCACCCCGAUGCACCGCAUGAAGGACGGUGACGCGCUGUCGCAGAGUCCCCUGGAAAUCACUGAGUUAUGACUAGCCGAGGCCUCGCUGGUCUGAGACAAACCGUGACUGGUGUCUGUCCUUGUGCGCCUGGUGGAGGCGUGUGUGUAGUCUGGGGCCUCAUCAGCCAACCUCCAUGCAUCACCGAUCAGCCAGCGUGGACUCAUGACCGCGGCAUCGGGCGAGCAGAUCUGAAGACUUCUUCAAGGACGCUUUUGGUCAGGCAACCUUUUAAAGGCAGAGCGUCGCUAUCGGAGCGCUGCAGCUGUGGAGUGGACGAGAAACAAUGAGCUUCCAUUCUUAAAAAGAGUCCUCAACCUUUUCAUGCCUGGACUGCAGACACACAAACACACACACGCGCAAGGAAAAAACAACAACAAAACUACAUACAAACUCAGACCAGCGGAUGGCCGUCAGUGGAACACAAGAAAAAAACAAAGGAAAAAAAAAAACAGUUUUUACAGACCGAUCAGAAGAAAUCACACCGAGCUGAAACCUCACGCAAAAUAAACCCGUCUUUGUGGACGUGAGGUUCUUGUUGGGUCCGCGGAAAACAUCCGGACCCAGACGUCUGUGUCUGUGACGCAGUGAGACGCCUCCAGUGGUUUAUGAAGACGCAGACAGAGGGACGGGUGUCGUCUGAAGCAGGUUCCACAGGAGGCUGCAAAUAAAUAAAUAAAUAAAUAAAAACAAAUCUUUGAUGAAAGCUUUCAUAUUAAAAACACUAAAAAUCUGACUGAUGACAAACAAUAGAAAGAGAAUAAUUAAAUUUGUAAAGACAUCACGAUGGCGAUGUGACCCGACUUUACACUGCCACCUGUGAAAGGAAACGUGCACGAUCAAGACGGCAAUGUUUGCUUUAUUUUUUUUUACCAAAAAAAAAAAAAAAAAAUGGAAUUAACAGAUAUUUUUGAAGAAAAAUGAAAUGCUGUCUGACUGAAACAGGCAGGAAAUAAUUUUGAAUGUUUGGCGUUUGUGUUUCUUGUGCUCACAGUGAUGUGUGUUUUUGCGUUCAGAUGAGUGCUGUGUUUCUAAAGUUCUUUUUUAUAUUCCCCAUUUUGUACAUUUUUAUUUGUCAUCGUCACCGGGCCUGAGAUCUGUGUCGGCUGAUCUGUGCUAAUAAAAUGAGAAUAUGCAACGACCUCUGA